AUGGCAUGGGCAAGACAAGCGGCGUCCAGAAGCUUCCUAAAUUUACUCGUCGUCGCCCUUGCUACCAGCGCCGACGCGAGAAUUUUUAGGCAGCCCGUCCUCGGCCGCCUGCUUCCGUUCCCAGGAAGACUACGAUGUGUGCUGCGCGCCGAUAUGAGUUCUAACGAGGUGCUGAGCUCGUCACUGGGCGGCGAUGCGGGCGCCAGUGCCGAUCUCUGGAUCCGCUUGUACUGGUUUCAGAAUCAGCUUAACGCACACGUGCACUUCAACGGUCACGAUCUGACGGGCCAGCUCCCUCCAAACAACCAGUCGAUCAACCUCGGCUUCAAAGGCCAGAACGGCCCCGUCGUUUGGAACAUCGAGGGCACGUGGACCGUUCAAAACCCGGAGCAGAUUGAGCUGGACCGUUGGAUCAUGGGCACGCGGAGAACGAUGGUUCCUGGAACGUCGAUGACGUUCCAGCAACUAAUCCAUCGAAUCGACAAGAAUCCCACCAAGUUUUACGGCACCAUCAGCACAGACAGCUACCCGAAUGGCGCCGUCCGCGGACAGUUCAUUCGAGGUUUUCCCAACAUGCUCUUGCCCGUCCCGCGGUGUAAUUAA